GGCGGUAGGUGUGUGGGGCCGGAUGUUGAUACACACGGCGGCGGCGGGGGGAGGAUGGAGUCCGAGUCCGGCUCCGGCCAGUGUUCGGCGCCAGGCCCCGGAGCUCAGGCCACGGCGAUCAGGCUCCGGUUUGACCCGGACAAGCGGCUGGUCUGCGCCGAGUAUCCGGGGGCCGUUCGCGAUCCGCGGAAGAUGCUGGAUACCCUGGGGGGAGAGGAGGGGGUGUCCCGGACCUACGCUGACCCAUCCCGGAGGCUGGAACUGCACUUCCGCCCAAAUGACCCUUACUGCCACCCAGUGUGUGCCAACCGUUUCCCAUCGACCAGCAUAUUGCUCAGGGUAAAGAGGAUGCAGAGAAAACUGAGAGCUGGAGCAUCUCCUGUGGAGGAACGCAAAGGAGAAGAGGUUAAAUUCAAAAUGGAAAUCCUGGGACUUAUUGGGACCACUUACAAAUUCCAGGGAAUGUCCGAUUUCCAGUUUCUGGUCAUGCACACGACAGCAAGUGGCUCACAAGUUUCCAUGUACGACAAGGUCAUUCUCCACAAGCCCGAACACAGAGAGUUUUUUGACCAGGAAUUGCCGCUUUACAUUCCUCCACCAAUAUUUUCCCGCGUGGAUAACCCCGUGGAUUAUUACUACCGGCCAGAAGUCCAGCACAGGGAUGGUUACCAUCCUCCAAAAGUAUCCAACGAGAACCUGAUAGGCCUGGGGCGUGCUCGCCGUCCUCACAACGCCAUAUUUGUGAAUUUUGAUGAUGCAGAGGUGCCAUCCCAGCCCCUUGAAGCUGCUGUUCAGAACUGGAGGAAAUUCAACUCACAGACCCCAGACCGGAGAGCCGAAGAGGAGCUGAAGAGGCUUUUCGAAAUCCGGCCCAUUUGGUCCCGGAAUGCAGUGAAGUCGAAUAUUGACAUUCACCCAGACAAACUGAAGCUGCUUUUGCCUUUCGUGGCAUACUACAUGCUUACAGGGCCCUGGCGGAGUCUCUGGGUCAGGUUUGGGUACGAUCCACGAAAAGAUCCCAAAGCAAAGAUUUACCAAGUGUUGGAUUUCAGGCUACGAUGCAGCACCAAGCACGGUUACAUGCCCUCAGACAUGCCAGUGAAGGCAAAGCGCAGCACGUUUAAUUACAGUCUCCCCAUCACCAUCAGCAAGCCAGCCCCCCAGGUUGUGAGUAUUCAGGAUUUGGGAAAAGCUUCAGUAGUUCCCAAUGUCCCAGAGAGGAAGAAACUCACAUCAUCUGGAUACAAACUCAAACCGUCGGCCUACAUAUUCCGGGAGGACACUUUGCCUCCUUAUCGUCAGAUGUUUUACCAGCUGUGUGACCUGGACGCAGAGAGUUUAAGAAAAAUAAUUCAUCGCAAUGAAGGCAGAGAGACGACAUGUACUGAGCGGGACGGAUGGUGUCUGCCCAAAACCAACGAUGAGCUCCGCGACCGGAUGUCUAACAUGAUUAAAGAAAUCUGGCACAAGAACAAAGCAGUUUCAUCCUCUUCAAAAAAGAAGCCACUGGUCACACAGGGGAGAGAAGAUUCUGAAUCUGCCGAGGAUGAGGAGGAUGAAGAGGAAGAGUAUCCACCGUCAGAAGGAAGUGAAAAUGAAAUGGAGACUGAAAUUCUCGAUUACCUGUGACGUGAGUGACCGGGAGCUGCCGUUGGAGACGUGGAGGGAGAGUGGAGUGGUGGUGAUUCUGUUAGACAGAUUGUUCUGCUUUCCUGGAGGAGUAAGGUGGUAUUCCUGCAGCCACUGUGUACAGCCGCCUGGGACUCCUGCAGUUGGGGAACCAGUGAGCAAAGAGGCUGCUGAUCAUGUUGGUUACUGGUGUUCAGCCAACAAAUUCACAUGCCUCCUGUUUGCCUUUCACCUUGACAGCCAAAAACUUUACCACGGUUGUGCCACUGACUGGGGAUGGGAUGUGGAGUCACUGUGCUGUAUUGUAGCAUUGUCUGUCUCUCUGUAACAUUCAUUGGGAGGGUUUGUGAUUUCUUUGACUCCUUGGUGCAGCAGUUUAUUAGACUUUUCCCAGUCUCAAUAUGGGGUGUCAAACAGGUCCUGUCACAUGGUGUUAGGGCUAAUGAGCGCAGGUUAUUAACUUUUGUCUGUUAUUAUUAUCUGAAUCUUCCAGCUGUGAAUUCCUGUUGCCUUUCUGCAAACAACCUCAGAACCAGCCUCCAGCCGAUGUCCAUAGCGUUGGUUCCAGUAUUUCUGAUGUAUUUUGAGCCCUUUACUAUAUCUCAUGUAUGUUCUACAACAGAUGGAUUGCCAAUUACACUCCAGUAGGGACCACUCUAACAUGCAACAGAUGAGCUACCCAACUCCUUAGCCUGGACUCACUUCAAACCCUGAUCCCAAAAGGGAUGCGAUGGUGACUUCCCAGGAUAGAGGGGUGAUUACCAUCAGGUUAUUGCUCUGAGAGCGCCAUUUCCAUUAAACCUCUUUUCGCCUCUAACCUCUGAAAGGAUGACAUUUAAAACAUUGUUUUCUCUUGUUAAAUAUAGUUUUGCUUUCAAAUGGUGUUGUGAUAAUAUUUGCAUUUGAUGUGAAAUGAGGGUAUGUCUGCCUGGUGAUGAGAGAUUUACAAACUCACCUUGUCCUCACCUCUCCCACCUUGACCUAGUUCUGGGGCCUUGCAUAGGAUUGUCUUUAAGAGCCUGCGAUAAUAGAGCUAACUGUUUGGGCGGCACGGUGGCACAGUGGUUAGCACUGCUGCCUCACAGCGCCAGAGACCCGGGUUCAAUUCCUGACUCA